AUGGCGUCCGGCUACGAUCGAGCUCUCUCCGUCUUCAGUCCUGACGGUCACGUCUUCCAGGUUGAAUAUGCGCUCGAAGCAGUCAAGCGAGGAACAUGCGCCGUUGGUGUCAAGGGCUCGGACAUAGUAGUACUCGGCUGCGAGAAGCGAUCCGCAAUGAAGCUGCAAGAUACCCGCAUCACACCCUCCAAGAUCUGCCUCGUCGACACCCACGUUGCCCUCGCCUUCGCUGGACUGAACGCCGACGCCCGUAUCCUUGUCGACAAGGCCCGCCUCGAGGCACAAUCACAUCGCCUCACAGUCGAAGACCCGGUAUCGAUAGAGUACAUCACCAAGUACGUUGCAGGUGUGCAGCAGAGAUACACUCAGAGUGGUGGUGUCCGACCAUUCGGCAUCAGCACACUGAUAGUCGGCUUCGACCCUAAUGACAAGACCCCGCGCUUGUACCAGACCGAGCCUUCUGGUAUCUACUCAGCAUGGAAAGCGAAUGCGAUCGGCCGGUCGAGCAAGACAGUCCGCGAGUUCCUCGAACGUAACCACAAGGAAGGGAUGGACCGGGAAGAGACUAUCAAGUUGACGGUCAAGUCACUAUUGGAGGUGGUACAGACUGGCGCGAAGAACAUCGAGAUUGCCAUCAUGGCACCCGGAAAGCCCAUCGAGAUGUUGCCCGUCGAGGACAUUGAGAAAUACGUGGAGAACAUCAACACAGAGAAGCAGGAAGAGGCGGCGAACAGGAGGCCUGGACGGCAGCCCGGUACAGGCCAGGCCGCUAUUCUCACCCGCCAGACCCCAGCUGAGGGCUCAGGAUCCGGUGGCGCAUAG